GAUGCAAACGAGUGCUGAGCUCAUCAUUUUUUAAAUAUUCUUUCAAAACAACCAAAAAUUUUUCCGUAUCCAUGGAAAAAUCGUCAUCUUUCCUGAAGUUCUAUCCAUAUCGUAAAGUGAGACAAUUAAAUACUUGAGAAGCUUCAACUUCAAAGGGCAGCUGAUUCUUUAAACUACUAUUUAGCAGCGUAUGAAAAAAAAAUGCAAAUGAAUACGUAUUCUGAUCUUUCACUAAGCUCACACACAAAUUAAAAUGCCAUCAAAAGGCAAACAAAGUCCACUUGUCAAUCCCGAGCCUAAUCAACAGUCUUCGGAUCUCUUUCGAGAUACUCCUGAACCUGAGCUCCAAACAGAAAACGACACAAAUGAUUCCCAAACAGCCUACAGGAUGGACGACCUUCUAUCUAACACAGACAGUUCUCGGAAUGGAAGCUCGAAACUAGAUCGGGGCGACUCCGCUCAAGCUGUAUCUAGCGUUAAUGGAACAGCACGCAUACGUAAAGUUGACAGACCCAACGAGUCUUCUCCGCUUAACAGGCAGAUCCAAGACGGUGUUCCCAUUGAGCAGGAAAAACAACCGGAGACCAAUGAUGAGCCAGAACGAGAGAUCGAACUGACAUCAAGAGAACCAGACUCAUCGCAAAAGAAAGUACUAAGAAAGCCGCGGUACACGUUCAAGACAUUCGAAGACUGUCCCUGCGCGUUCUGCAAGCCAAAAACCAAAAAAGAGAAAGAAAACCCAGAAGGUAAAACUGGUAAAGAUGGAAAGGUUGAAGAAAAACAGGACCAGGGUAUUAGAAAACCGGAUGGAUCCACACAAAAGCCUACUCCCGAGCCGAUUGUAAUCCCAAAAACACAAACUGAGGUGCAACUUGUCAACAACAGCGGAGGCGUGGGCAUAGACAGUGAGAAGGCUGUUACAGAGAUACCUCAGAACUACAAGAUACAGCGCAUCAUUGACUACAGCUCCGCCCCCAGAUCCAGCCUCCUUUGGAGGAUAGAGAAUAUGUCGACAAAGAUGAAGGAGGCUAAAAAUGAGGAGAAAAACACUAUAUACAGCCCCACAUUCUACACUGCACAACAUGGCUACAAACUCAUGGCAGCCACAUGUCCAUUCGGAACAGGAGUCAACAGUGGAAAGUAUCUGCCCAUUUUUUUCUUCAUCUGCAAAGGCAACUACGACAAUCUCCUCCCGUGGCCCUUCAAGGCCAACUUCGUGGUGAAGAUCAAAGACCAGCACCCAGAGACAGACAAACGAAACGACAUCGUGCUCAGCUUCAGUCCAGAUCCGAGUAAUGAACUUCUGACAGAGGCCCUGAAGCAGCCAACGAGAGAGCGGAACAACUACUUCGGAGUGGCAAAACUAGCUGACCUGAGGCAGCUCAGUCCGAGGAAAAGCUACUACGUCAGGGAUGACGUCAUGUUCGUACAAGUGUUUGUGGAGAAACCGGAAAUGCCUGUUCUGUAACUGUAAUUUACUUGACUCUAAUA